AUGCCUAGCGGGUCCUCAGCAUCCGGGUCGAGCUCGAUCAACAUCCCUGCGACCGCCGCAGCCGGUGGUCUCACCAUUACAAGACCGCCGCAGACGGCGACGUCCUACUACAAGAUCGCGCCGUCCAACAGCAUCACUUUCGGGUGGAACUUCACCAGCCUGCUCGUCACACCAACAUCGCUGACCGUUUCCGCCGUAUGCGAGAACGGAAACACCUACCCCGUGGGUCCGACGGACGGUAUCAUCCCUGGCACAGCGACGCAGGUGGUGUGGGAUCUAUGGGCGUAUAAUCAGGCGAACCCGGCUACGCCACUUGCACCCACCUCGUACACGCUCGAGAUUUGGGGCGAUCGGGGCAGGGACGCGCUCGCGACGGGAGGGCAGCUGUCGUCGAACAUGAACCUCAAGUUCGCGUUGUACUCACCGGCAUCCUACACUCCACUUUCAAGUUGGACAUGCGCAGGCUGCAAUGUCAAUGGCGCACUAUCAGACUACGUCGCACACCCUGCCUUCGUCAGUCUCGUCGUGACCUUCCUCGUCAUGGUCCUCUCCGGAUACUCGCUUAUCCGACAAGCACUCCACUAG